AAGAAACAACUUAAGAAAGUCUGAACUUUUGUAAAAAAUAGUCAAGUGUGGUGAGUUCCCGGGUUUGCUGUGAUGAAACGAAAGCGAGAGCAAGUGGCAGAGCCUUUAAAUAGCAGCUUCCUGCACUGACACAGCAGAGGCAGCUAGCAUCAGGAGGGGAGCAGAGACACAAACAACCGGCAGAGAAAGACUGAAGCAAACAGGCCUGAUAAACACUGUAUAUAUCAGUGUUAAGAGCUGCUGGACUUCUGUUCCGAGCUCAUCAGUGGUGCCUCUGAUAAACCACCACAUGUAAGCCUAUGGAUUACCUACUAGGAGAACUGUAUAAUGGUGUUGCUGAUGAAAAUGGAGAUGCUACAGUAAGCAAAGGUGCAAGGCACAGAAGCAGAGGUGCAAAGAGCAAAAGCAGGGAGACAACAGAUGGAGGAGGAGGCGCAGGUGGUGCGGGACGGGGGGCAGGUGCCAAACAGAAGGCAGGAGCAAGUAGUCAAGGAGGAGCCAAACAGAAGGCAGGAGCAAGUAGUCAAGGAGGAGCCAAACAGAAGGCAGGAGCAAGUAGUCGAGGAGGAGCCAAACAGGAAGUAGGAGCAGGUAGUCAGGGUGGAGCAAAACAGAAGGGAGGAGCAUGUAGUCAAGGUGGAGCAAAACAGGAGAUAGGAGCAUGUAGUCAGGGCGGAGCAAAACAGAAAGAGGGAGGUUGGGCUAAGAAAACGGGAGAGCAUGGUGCAGCUGGAAAAGAAAGAGGGAGAGGAGGUCCAUGGAGAGGAGGACAUAGUGUGGAUAGAAAAGGAGCAACAGGCGGUUGGAGAAGAGAUGGUGGAGGAGACAGACAGGAGAGAAAUAGAGCAAAAUCUGCAGGCAGUGAUGGGGCACCAAAGGGAAAUGGCCUGGGCUACAAAAGCCUGCAAGAACUUUUAGAAAAGGAGCCUUCUGAUGUAGCCAUCACCCUGACGUCUAAACGGGCUCUGAAAGAGGUUCUGAGCGAGACCAUGAUGAGGAAAGACAUGGUUGAACUCUUCUGCUUGGUUAUGAGUAAAGCCUUCAAAUCACGGUCCAACAGAGGAACCCUGACCUACCUGGCUGGCAUCAUCAAAGAUUCUGGGUUCUUCCGCACCGUCCUUCCUCACUAUCUGGUGGGAAUGGGGGCUGAGGCCAACCAGGAGCGCAGGAAAAGAUACCCACUGCAGCUAGAAAACAUCCUGAUCAUUCUGUCUGAGGUCCUCAGCAUCUUCCCUGCCAGCUCGUUGUCUGCAGUGAGCCUGUUGGUGAUACAAAUUCAAGCCAUCAUUAUGAGGCUGAAGGCAUCAGGCAUCGACAUCCAGCCUCAAGUGGAGGAGAGAGUGAAGGAACUUGAAGUCCUGAUCAGGCACCUGGAGCAGAAGUCCUGGGAGGGAACCCUGCGCUCAGAUAAGGAAACUUAUGGCCUCCUAACAAAUGGAGCUGACAACCUAGGUGAGGAGGACUUGGAGGAUUUUAGGACCAUUCCAAUCUACCCGACUCUUGACGAGCUCCAUAAGGGUGAAAGACCCUUCCUCAGACCAAAUCUCACCUCUCAGCGCUACACGAACACCCACGUGUACCUCGACACCCACUUCCGGUUACUGAGAGAGGACUUUGUGCGCCCACUUCGAGAGGGGAUCCAGCAGCUACUGUGGAACCAAAAGGACAUGGGACGGAGCGAACAUACGCUGAGGGGGAAGCAGUUUGACGACAUCAGAGUGUAUUUUGACACAAAGCUGCAAGUGCCAAAGUGCACGCACACUGGGAUUGCUUAUGUAGUCCAGUUUGACACACAGCCACUCAAGUUUGUGCGCUGGGAGAACACCAAGCGGCUGAUCUUUGGAUCCCUGGUCUGCCUGUCUUGUGAUUAUUUUGACACCCUCCUGUUUGCUACGGUGUCAGAUCGGGAUCCCAAGGACCUGAGUAAAGGACUGGUUCAGAUUUCCUUCACUGAAGAAAGCAGAGCUCAGCUCGCCACUGUUGAGAAAGGUCGCUCAUUCCUGAUGGUUGAGACCACUGCGUUCUUUGAGGCCUAUCGGUACGUUCUUGAGGGCCUACAGGAGCAGGAGGAGAACAACCUGCCCUUUCAGAGGUACAUCGUGGAGUGCAGCCAAGAAAUUGCUCCACCAGCUUAUCUGCGAGAAGAAGACACUUACGACCUGGCAGCCGUUGCUGACCCAGAACAAAAGAGCGUCAUUCGGCCCUUUCACAGUCUGAACCCACAGGCCUGGCCGAAAAUGGAGGACCUGCGGCUGGAUGAGUCUCAGAUGAGAGCCUUCCAGUUGGCCCUCACCAAUGAGCUGGCGAUCAUACAGGGUCCUCCUGGAACUGGAAAAACCUAUGUUGGCCUCAAGAUCGCUCAAGCUCUGUUAACCAAUCAGGGUCUCUGGAGACGUGACGGUGCUCCAAUGCUGGUAGUGUGCUACACCAACCAUGCCCUGGAUCAGUUCCUGGAGGGCAUCCAUAGGUUUCUGAAACCUGAGAUGGUUAGAAAAGGAUUGCUUGGCCGGCUUGGUGGAUGGCAGCAGAGUCCUCUAUCUAAAGAACCCCGCAGCCGCCUGGGUAUUGUGAGAGUAGGAGGUCGCAGCAGCAGUGAGAUCCUGAAGCCUUACAACCUCACAGAGCUGCUCCACUCAGGGAGUUUUAGACAGUUAAAGCCAUACCAUCUGGGUUUUGCUCUUCGUGAGAUUCACGAGCAACUGGAGGAGGAGGAGAAGAAAAUCCAGGCUCAGACCCUGAAGAUGGAGUGUUGCACAAAAGGCAUCAUGCGUGAAGACUUCUUACAGAAGUACAUUUUAUACAAGCACUGGACUAGUCUGCACCAGCACCUGAUAUAUGAUGGUUUUGAGAUUCAGGGUGAGAGGAAGUCCAGUCGGAUGAUGGAGUGGUUGGGUGUGGGUUUCCUCUCUCACCAGCAGAUGGAGCCAGAGUACUUAAACCCAUUUGAAGAAGCAGCACAAGAGGAAACAAUGUCUUGGCCAGAUGAGGGCCUCAUUGAAGUUACAGAGGAAGCAGCUAUGAUCCUGGCAGAAAGGAUUAUUGAUGACAACACAGACUUCAGAGGUGGCAGAGAAGAGAGAAAAAAGAAAAAGGAGAGAGACAUGCGGAGAGCUGUCCAAGAGUUGGAAGAAAGGAUGCUCGACAUGAACCUGGGGAAAGCUGAAAUCCAGCCUCAGCAGAACGAGAACGAGAACGAAGUGUGGCAGGUAAAAGUGAUUAAAAUACAACGGGAAGAGAGAAAAAGAUUAAAGAACUACGUCAAGAGAGAGCUGCAGGAGACCUCCACCAUGACCGAGACAGAGGAACGCUUUAUCCAGGACAUUUGGACCCUCAGCAUGCAGGACAGAUGGAGACUCUAUCGGUUGUGGGUGGCUCGCUACAGGGAGGAACUUUGCAACAAAGUCCUGCAGUGUGAACAGGAUUAUCAAAAUGCUGCAGACAGACUGACUGAAGUGAAACGUCAUCAGAGCCUCUGUGUGCUCCGGGAAGCCACGGUUAUUGGCAUGACAACAACCGGGGCAGCCAAGUACCGUAAACUUCUGCAGGAAGUGCGCCCCCGUCUGGUCAUCGUAGAAGAAGCUGCAGAGGUUCUGGAGGCGCACACCAUCACAACACUGAGCGAGGCAUGCCAACACCUCAUCCUCAUCGGAGACCACCAGCAGCUUCGUCCCAGUGCCACAGUCUACGAACUGGCCAAGAACUUCCACCUGGAGAUGUCCAUGUUUGAGAGACUGGUGAACAUGGGACUCCCUUAUGUCAGACUCAACUACCAGCAUCGUAUGCGGCCAGACAUUGCCCGUCUUCUGACCCCACACAUCUACUCUGAGCUGGAAAACCAUCCCUCUGUGCUUGAAUAUGAAAACAUCAAGGGCCUUAAGACUAAUUUAUUUUUUCUGGAGCACAACCACCUGGAAGAAGACAUCAAAGAUGGAAAAAGCCACAAGAACAAGCAUGAGGCAAAGUUUGUAGUGGCUCUCUGCCGCUACUUCCUCCUCCAGGACUACAAACCAGAGCAAAUUACCAUCCUAACCACUUAUACUGGCCAGCUCCAGUGUCUGCGCAGUCUUAUGCCUGUGAACCAGUUCCAGGGAGUCAAAGUGCAUGUGGUGGACAAGUACCAAGGAGAAGAGAAUGAUAUUGUCAUACUGUCUCUAGUCCGCAGCAACCCGCAGGGUAAAGUCGGCUUUUUGAACAUUCCCAACCGCGUCUGUGUGGCCUUGUCUCGUGCCAAGAAAGGUCUCUACUGCAUUGGCAACAGUGGAAUGCUGGGACAGGUCAAACUGUGGAGCAACAUCUUCAGCACCUUGAAGGAGCAAAGCCAAAUUGGAAAAGCUCUGACCCUGUGCUGUCAGAAUCAUCCAGAUCGACUGGUAACGGCUUCAUGUGCCGAAGAUUUCCAACAAGCUCCAGAGGGAGGCUGCACCCAGCCCUGUGAGUUCCGUUUGAAAUGUGGCCAUGUUUGCACAAGAGUCUGUCACCCCUAUGAUCCCGAGCACAAGAAGUUCAUGUGCAUGAAGAAAUGCGCGAAGACUUUAUGUGAGCUGGAACACAAGUGCCCACUUUUGUGCCACCAGAAAUGCCCAAAGAACUGUACAGUGAAGGUUGAGAAGAUCAUACCCAAGUGUCAGCACAAACAGAUGGUUCCCUGCCACCAGGACCCUGCAACGUUUAUGUGUAAGAUGCCCUGCCAGAAGCUGCUUGACUGUGGGCAUCCCUGCGACUCAUAUUGUGGGUCUGAAUGCAGUAAAUGCAUGGUGGUGGUCAACUUACAUCUAAGAUGUGGCCACAUCACACAGGAUGCUUGCUUUUACAAAACUGAGCUUGUUGGACCUGAAUGCAAGGCUCCUUGUGAGCAUCAGCUAAAAUGUGGCCAUGCAUGUCGUGGCACAUGCAGCAUAUGUUAUGCGGGAAGGUUCCACCGUGCUUGCUCUCAACCUUGUGAACGUGUCCUGAUCUGCUCUCACAAGUGCGAGGAGCCUUGCACUCGGGAUUGCCCACCCUGUCGGAAGCCAUGUGAGAACUGCUGCAUCCACAGCAAGUGUAAGAAGCGUUGUGGAGAGUCCUGUGCUCCGUGCAAUGAGCCCUGUGCUUGGCAAUGCCCACACCAAAGCUGCACGAAACUGUGCCACGAGCCGUGCGAUCGUCCACCAUGCACCAAACCAUGCAACAAGACCCUGGGCUGUGGUCACCCAUGCAUAGGCCUAUGUGGGGACAAAUGUCCCAGCAAAUGUCGCAUAUGUAAUCAUGAAGAGGUUACUGAGAUUUUCUUCGGCACCGAGGAUGACCCUGAGGCUAGCUUCAUCCAGUUAGAAGACUGUGGGCACAUCAUUGAAUUCACAGCCAUGGACACAUACAUGGGCGUAAACAACAACCAGCAGACUGAGGAGGGAGAGGAGGUGGUGAUAAAACUGAAGGAAUGUCCAAAGUGUCGCACUCCAAUCCGCAAGAAUCUACGCUAUGGAUCUCGCAUCAACAGCAGCCUGGCAGAGAUCGAGAAGGUGAAGGCAAAGAUGAAUGGAGAUCAGGCAGAGGUCAGAAAGCACUGGAAAGCUCUUCGCAUGAAAUGGAAAGUUAUUCUUCCAACAUGUAGUGUGCUUGAAAAAGAAUGUCUGCCCAUUACAGAGUGUCUCAGAAAAUCUGAUCUCACUGCAAAUGAUCUGUGGAUCCUGGAGAAUAAAAUGGAAUUCCUACAAAGAAUUGCAAAGCUAAAGGAGAUCCGGAUGGAAAAACUGUCCUUUUUGCAAAGCUUUAUACUGGAAAAGAAAGUUGGGGAGUUUCUGGGCUGGCUUAACAACAGACGUCAAAAAUUCACUGAACAGCAAGUCUUUGAUUUGCAGAGAGAGCUACAGAGACUUACCCUCCUGACUGAACUCCUCAUCCAUUGUGAUACGGCAAAAGAAAGAGGCCUACAUGACAAAAUCAAAACGGAGGUAGAAGCGAUGAGAAGAGUUCUGGAAAAGAUGGGCCAAUUCACCAAGCAAGACGAAGAGAGAGUCAGAGAGGGGAAGAAGGAACUGAACAAAAAGGUUCCACUCACAGGCCUGAUGAUCAGCGAGGAGGACAGGAAGAUGAUUGUCUCGGCUAUGAAAAUGCGCCAAGGACACUGGUACAAAUGUCCAAAUGGCCAUGUGUAUGUCAUAACUGAGUGUGGAGGGGCCAUGGAGAGACGAAAAUGUCCUGAUUGUGAUGCAGUCAUUGGCGGAGCCAGUCACAGACUAGAAAGUGGAAACCAAGUCGCCACUGAGAUGGAUGGAGCACAGCACGCCGCCUGGUCUGAGCAGAACAACCUGCUCAACUUUGGUGAAUUUAACAACUAAAAGGAGAGAAUACGGUCAUUUCUGUAGACUUCUAAGUUGAUUGUAAAGCCCGACUGUUAUGCUUUUACUUCGUGGACCACUUGAUUUCAUGUUGGACCAGCAGGGAUCACUGCUUAAGCCACUGUACUCAAAAUAACAGAAAUUAUAGCAGUACAUUUCACUUUGUAACACUGUAGAUCACUUAGUUGAUGGUUGAGGCUGAGCCUGUUUUUAUUUUAAUUAUUUAAUUUAAUUAAACCUUACACUAAUAAUCUGUGACACUUUGUUUCACUUUUGUUAGUGUUUGAUUUUGCAUGUUUUUGGUUUGGUUUGUGUUAUAUAUGUGUUUGCUGUUUAAAAUCUCGCAGAUGGUGUGUACAAAUGGGCUUCAACAGAUGUCAUUAUGUGAUGUUUUCAUGAUAAAAAUAUUACAGUUGGCCAAACAUUUCAAAUCCAGGGCCGUGUAACACGGUUGUUCCUUGCUUGAACAGCAGGUGGCAGUAAAACUCUAUAUAAUAUGAUACAGAAAAAUCACUUGAUGGUUCUUAUGUUUGAAACCUGUUGGAGUUUAAUAAACAUCUUAACAGUU